AUGUCGAGUUUAUUCGAAAUAUUAGGCAAUCAGAUAACCGAUCAAUAUUGCGAAUAUUUCGGUAAGAAAUAUGCAAUUAAUACCAAUUGGACUUCACCAUUUCCUGAUUGUCUUGAUUGUCUCUGUGCUGACUACGGAUUAGAAUGCUGUGGAUUUGGAACACAAGCUGGCCCAAAUAUUCCUCCAGCAGGUUGUGAAUUAGUUUUAGGUAUAUGUGAAGUUCGAUUUGCACUUGUAUCAUCAAAAAAAAAUAUAUAA